UGUCCCUCGGACACAGCGGAUCACCGAUCAUGGAAAGAGCCAAAGAUGGGGCAUGUACACUGAUGAUCAGGGCACUGAUGAUCAGUGUGCCCUGAUGAUCAGUGUAGCCCCAGCAGUGCCACCUGUCAGUGUCCAUCAGUGCCUCGUGCCAGUGCCCAUCAGUGCCACAUCAAUGCCACAUAUCAGUGCCUACCAAUGCACAUCAAUACCACAUAUCAAUGCCCAUCUGAGCUGCCUUUCAGUGCUGCAUAUCAGUGCCAUGUAUGAGUGCUGCCUUUCAGUGCCCAUCAGUGAUGCCUGGCAAUGCCCAUCAGUGCCACCUACCAGUGCCUCCUCAUCA